GGUCCCAGCACAACCCCAGGAGGAGGCAGCCGCCUUGCGCCGCGAGAACUGCGCGCUGCUCGGAGAUGGAGACGGGGGCCAGUCCCGGGACCGAAGCCUACGAUUACCCGACGUUCACAGCUCCGGAGAUGGAAGGCGUGCAGCGCUUGAGCCCAGUCACCUGGGCGGCCCUGGUGCUCUACGGCCUGGUUUCCCUCUUGGGGGCGCUGGGCAACGGGGCAGUCCUCUUCGUGAUGGGCUUCCAGAUGCGGCCCACGGUGAACACCGUGUGGUUCCUCAACCUGGCCGUGGCUGACCUUCUCUGCUGCCUGGCCUUGCCCUUCCUGAUUGUGCUGCUGGCCGGGGAUUACCACUGGAGCCUGGGAGACUUUGCUUGCAAGUUCUUCCCCUCCCUCACCAUCUUGAACAUGUUUGCCAGCAUCCUGCUGCUGACCGUCAUCAGCAUGGACCGCUGUGCCCUGGUGGUCAAGCCGGUGUGGUGCCAGAACCACCGUUCGAGGCUCCUGGCCCUGGCCCUGUGUGGCGCGGCCUGGGCAUUAGCCGCGCUGCUCACCCUGCCCUCCUUCAUCAUCAGGACAGUCAAACACGACCAGUCUUCGGGCAAGACGACUUGCAGAGUCGACUACUCGCUCUUGGUGAAGGACUCCCGCACCGCUGAGGUCUCGGUGGCCGUCAUGCGCUUUGUUUUUGCCUUCCUCGUCCCCCUUGCGGUCAUCAGUGUCUGCUAUGGGCUGCUGCUCUGCCGGGUGCGCAGCAGCCGCUUCAUGCGCUCCCAGAAGACCCUCAUGGUGGUGCUCGCAGUCAUCGCGGGGUUCUUCGUCUGCUGGGCCCCCUACCACGUGGCUGGCCUGAUCCUGGCCUCGGAGCCCCAGGGCAGCCCCCUCUUUCAGUCCGUGAGCAGCGCCGACCCGCUCAUCGUGGGCCUGGCCUGCCUCAACAGCUGCAUAAACCCCAUCAUCUACGUCAUUGCGGGCCAGGACUUCCGCGGCAAGGCCAAGCACUCGCUGAGGGCCGUUCUGCGCAACCUGUUGAGCGAGGAGGCCGCGCUGGCUGAGGGCCCCAGGCAGGCCACCUGCACCACCGAGGAUCGCAGCGCCAGCACGGGGGUGUGACAGGCACGGCCCUCCGCCGAGCCUGAAGAGAGCCCUCACGGGCAGGCCCGUCGCGGGUGGGCUGGGCUGGGCUGGGCUGAGCUGGGGGGCUCGCUUCGGCCUGGCGCGGGGCCUGCGCCGCCCACCUGUCUUCGGAUUCCCGUCCGCGAGCUCCCCUGCCUGUUGGAAGCAAUAAAGCGACUCUU